UGACCAGCCGUGAGGGGCGUGUCUUGCGGUGGGCGGGCCGGGUCUGGUCGCUGUCCAGGGUGUUGGAGCUGAUCAGGCUGUGGACUGAGCGCCGUCCUGCUGCCCCCAUGCCGCUGUGAUCACUAGGCUGAUGGAUUAUUAUUACUCGGCAUGAUGGGCUCCGUGCACGCCGCUCUCCUCCUCCUCCUCCUCCUCUCGGCUUCUUCCCAUCUCCUGCCUGCGAGUGCGGACUCCAGAUUUGGAUGCUUGUUUGAAGAUGACCUUUGCAAACAAUAUGAGGUGUGCUUGAAUGAUGGAGUGUUUGGGAGAUGUCGGCGACUACCGGUGUUAGACGUAUUCAAGUAUGAAGUUUCACCGCCUGUUAUCCAGCGUCUUAGGACUAUACUUCAGAAACUCUCACAUAGAGGUUUAACUUGGAAAGAUGACUACACUCAACAUAUCAUUGCAAAUGAAUUAUCAAAUAUUCGUAAAGUCUAUAGCAGACAACCAGAAUCUCUUCCAUCUGAUGCUUCCAGCAAUUUAAGGGUUCCUACAAUAAAUUCAGAAAGCAACAAAGAUUAUGAAUCUGAAGCUAAUAAGAAUUUUGCCAAAUCUUUUCAUCAAUAUCUUCAGUAUCUUGGAAUUCUGCCAAAGCCUGUAGCUCCAAGCUUCUACCCAAGGACAAAGAGUGAGAAGCCUGUGAUUACGAAUCCCAAAGGAACAUCUAGCCUUUUAUUUGCUCCAGCUCAAAAAUUUGAGAUACCUUCAAAUGUCCUACCUAAACCUCUAGUUGAGAAACCUCCACAAGAGUCAGAACGCGAACUUGAAAAAAAGACUUUACUGGCAGCUUUAAAAACCUACUUGGCACAAAAGGCUCAAAAAGCACAAAAAGCAGUGUCUCAAAAUCCUGAUAACAGAAAUGUGAAUGGAAAGGCGUCAUUUACUUCGUUAUAUUCCAAUAAACACCGUACACCACAACUUGGUAAACUUGAUGGAGGGUUUCCUAAAGAUGAUGAAGAGGAUGGUUAUCGGAUAAAAUCUUUUCUUCCAAGACAAAGAGCUCGAGUCUUGUCAAGGCCAACUCUUGGAGCACUGAUUUAUAAAUACACUUCUCACCAGGAAGACCCAAAGGACCCGUUGAGUGCGAUGGAUGAAACAUUUAUCCAGAACGUUGUGAAGGAGCUUGGCAAGCAUAAAUUUAACUUUGAUCAUCUCAACCCGAAAGAGCUGGAUGAACUGGCCGAUGUUAUAGCUGAUACCCUUCAGAUUGUUGAUGCAGAUCAAGUGGAGCCUCGUAAAAUUGAGACUGAAGGAGGAAGAGAAGCUAAAAGGGUGGAAUCCUAUGAAUCUCAGGAACAUGACGAGGACCGAGAGAUUAAUCAAACUUCUCAAGGUCAAGAACCAAGUAAGAAACAGUCAGAGUACGAAAUAAAGGACAAAGACAUAAAUUCAAAGAAAGAAAAUCUUCCAGAUUUUACUGCUAACACCAUGUCACACGAGUUAAUUUCAGAACCAAUUGAAAAAGGAUUUAAAAGGUUUGGUGAUUUCCACUACAUCUCAGAUGAAGAUGACGAUGAUGAUGAUGAAAAGAAAAUUGGGAUUGAAAAUGUGAAAAGUGAGACUUACACUAGAGAGCUGACAGCUCAGAAGAAGUCAGCUGAAGAUGACACUGAUUCAAAGGAAGAGAUAGAGCUUCAGCGCUGGGUUCAGGAAAGCUAUGCCCAGGAUGACAAUUCAUUUGAAGAAGAACCAAAGAAAAUGGAACAAGAAGUAGCAUUUCAAGUGAAGUCGUCCAGCAGUGACAAGUAUGGCUACAUUGUGACACAGAAAAACCCCCUGACUGCGGAGAAGGGUCUGGAAUUAUUAAGCGAGGUGGCCGUGCUCCUGAAACAGCAGAUGAAUGUGUUUAGUGAUGUCAGUGUGUCAGGAUCAGCUGUCAUCUUCCAAGUGCGCUCCAACAUCCAGAAUAUGACCACAGAAGAUGUGGUGAAGGCAGCAGCUGCGAAUAAAGAGAAGCUUGAAAAAUCCACAAAACUAAGAAUCCUGCAAACAGGGGUGGCUGAGAGAAGCAAGCUGAAGCUUUUGCCUCAUCGUUUGGAAGAAGAAGAUUCAACUAAGUUUAUUGUCCUCACUCUGAUCUCUAUCGCCUGUAUUAUUGGGGUUCUUGCUGGUUCUGGGGUCAUCUACUGCCUGCGUCACCGGUCCCACCACAAACUCAAGGAGAAGCUCUCUGCUUUGGGCACUGACAGCAAUACAGAUGCCACCAGCACUUACCAGGAGCUGUGCCGUCAGCGGAUGGCUGUCAAGUCUUCAGAUCGUCCAGAACCUCUGCACAGUUCUCGCAUCAACAGCAUCUCAUCACAGUUCAGUGAUGGACCAAUGGCCAGCCCUACCGCACGGAGCAGCACGUCAUCUUGGAGUGAGGAGCCCGUGCAGUCAAAUAUGGACAUCUCCACCGGUCACAUGAUACUGUCUUAUAUGGAAGAUCACUUGAAGAAUAAGAAUCGUCUGGAAAAAGAGUGGGAGGCCUUAUGUGCAUAUCAAGCAGACCUUACUGCAACAAGCAUUGCGCUGAAGGAGGAGAAUGCUGCGAAGAACCGAUCUCUCUCAGUGGUCACAUAUGACCACAACAGAAUAAUUCUGAAGGGCGAUAAUAGCCACGACCACUCUGACUACAUCAAUGCCAGUCCCAUAAUGGACCAUGACCCCAGAAACCCGGCUUAUAUUGCAACUCAAGGACCACUCCCAUCAACUGUGGCUGAUUUCUGGCAGAUGGUAUGGGAAAACGGCUGCGUUGUAAUCGUGAUGUUGACAUCACUAGCAGAGAAUGGAGUCAAACAGUGCUACCACUACUGGCCUGACGAAGGCUCCAACCUGUACAACAUCUACGAGGUAAAUCUUGUCUCUGAACAUAUCUGGUGUGAAGAUUUCCUUGUGAGAAGCUUCUAUCUAAAAAACCUACAGACUAAUGAAACCCGCACAGUCACCCAGUUUAACUUCCUCAACUGGAAUGACCAUGGUGUGCCGACUUCAACACGCUCGCUGCUAGAUUUCCGCAGGAAGGUUAACAAGUGUUACAAGGGGCGUUCCUGUCCUGUAAUAGUUCACUGCAGCGAUGGUGCAGGGAGAAGUGGGACCUAUAUCCUGAUUGACAUGGUACUCAAUAAAAUGGCUAAAGGUGCUAAAGAGAUUGAUAUUGCUGCUACCCUGGAGCACUUGAGAGACCAGCGACCAGGAAUGGUGCAGACAAAGGAGCAAUUUGAGUUUGCGCUGACAGCCGUGGCAGAGGAAGUGAACGCAAUACUAAAGGCCCUUCCACAAUAAGUGUUUGAAAUAUCUGAAGAAAUCCCGAGGGAGCCUUCCCUCCACCCCCUUUCUCCUAUCAAUCUCUUUAAACGUUGUUGGAAAUUGUGACCUGGUGUGUGUCAUGUAUAGUAACCGCACAGAGACAGGCGUCCGCAUUGUUGUCCCCUGCUGGGAGAGCCGUUUGCUCACAGCAGCCCAAUGAUAGUAUAUAGGGAAACACAACUGGUCAGAAAAUUGCUUGUCUUUUCUUUUCGCUUGAGAAUAAUAAAAUGUCCUUUUUUUCUUUGUUUCUUGCUUGAACAUCACCAUUGUUAUUGUUUAUUGUCUUUUAUUAAACCCUUCCUUUACUUUUGCCCAUACCUCAUACUGGUAGAAUAAGAGCGAUUUGCUGGUAAUUCAUUGCAAGCUAUCACAAAUCCAGUUCCAUUGUUGCCUAUACCAGAUGUCUUCAACCCAUGGUUCUCCAGCUGUUGUGAAACUACAACUCCCUUCAUGCCCUGACUACCAUGAGUUGCAGUGAGCUGUAGUUUCCUAACAACCAUAGAGCUAUGGGUCGGAGACCACCGGCCUCUACCAUUCUUUCACGUAAGCUUCGUUGAUCAAUAGGACCAUUAUGCUCGUUGCUGAACAAUUAUGUGGUAUGUAACAAUUCUCAAAUGUAUCAAUUGACUCCAAAAUUACUGCAGUUUAUCAGUUAUUAAAUUGCAUGAGUCCAACAGAAAAGGGAUAAAAAAGAGAAAAUCUUUCAUGAGCAGACAUACAGCUUUAAACAAUGAUGAUGAUGAAGAAUGCUUAACGGUGUCAUUUCGCCAUAAAAUUCACAGGCACAAUGUCUUUUAGGGCUAGCUGAAUGUAGUGAUAUCGCUUAGAGAUCUGUUGCUUUAUUCUGGAUUUUUUUUAAUUGUAUAUGCAAAUGAGCUUUUGAGUGCACAGAGGGUGGGCCCAUGUCUCUCUGUGCACCCGUACUCCCCCUGCUAUCUCUGCCAGCCCUUAACUCUUCUUCUUGAUUGACGAGGCCAGGUUCCUGCAUAGUCAUCUUGGACCUAUCAAUCAAGAAGCAGGAUGGGCUGGCAGAGGAAACAGGAAGGUGCACAGAGUGGCUUGGGCCCGCCCUUGGUGCACUAAACUGCUCUUUUUCUCCAGAAUAAAGCAACAGAUCGCUAAAUGAAAGGUAUCAUUACAUUCAGCUGAUCUAGCCCUACAAGACAUUGUGCCUGGUUUAACAGUGAAUUUCCUGGUGACAGGCUCCCUUUAAGUCAGGCCAACAGCUCACUUGGCUCAGAAGAUGACACCAGAUUUCCUAAGAUAAAAUUAUGACUGAAGCAAUCUCUAUCCUUCCCUCGUCCUCCUCACAGUGCUUCAAAUAGCAGAGACAAAGAGGCAGAUAUAUAAAGCUGGUUGCUAUGGGGCAGUCCCCAUAGCAACCAAUCAAGACUAAAUCCCUAUUAUUUAGAGACGCUUUUGAAAAUCGAAGCAUCCUGAUUGGUUGAUACUUCGAAGCAUCCUGAUUGGUUAACAGCACAAAUAGGUACCAAAUAAUUUAAAACAUUAAUCCACCUCGGUAUAUGAUGGAAUUUAAAUAAAUGUAUAGUAAAAAAAAACUGCUUUACAUAAACAUUUUGUGCAUCAUUAAUAUUGGCUGGACUUGCCCUUUAAAGGAGUUAUGCCAUGAUUAAUUUUAAAAAUGAAAAUGAUACAUCAUAUAGGACAUGACAACUUCUUUCUAAUAAAGCUAGAGCCAGCCCUGUACCUCACAUGGAUCCAGAGAUCUCU